AUGGUCCAGAAGCAACAAGCAGCUGCAACUCGGCAACAGAAGGGACUGACCACCAUGCCUCAAGAGUGGCAUCCAGCUCAAUUUCCCCAGCAGCAGAGGCAACCAGCCCUAAUGCUUUUACCGCAGAAGGAACUGAACGCCAUACACCAGCAACCUCCGCAAGUGUGGUAUCCAGCUCGAAUGCCCCAGAACCAACAAACCAUUGAACCCCAGCAGCAGAAGCAACCGACCACCUUGGCUCAGCAAGUGUGGUCUCCAGCUCAAAAGCCCCAGCUGCAGAAGCAACUGUCCACUGAACCUCAGCAGCAAAUUGAACUGACCACCAUGCCCCAGCUACCACAGCAAGUGUGGCAUCCAAUGCACAAUCCCCAGAAGCAACUGACCACCAUGCCCCAGCAAGAGUGGCAUCCAGCUCAAAUGCCCCAGCAGCAGAAACAACUGGCCACCAUGCUGCAGAAGCAACCAGCCCCAAUGCCUCAACCACAGAAGCAACAGGCCACCAUGCCCCCGCAAGUAUGGCAUCCAGCUCAAAUGCCUCAGCAGCAAAAGCAACCAGCUACUGAACCUCAGCAGCAAAUUGAACCAACCGCCAUGCCCCAUCCACCUCAGCAAUUGUGGCAUCCAGAUCAAUUUCUCUAGGAGCAGAAGCAACCAGCCACUAUGCAUCUACCGCAGAAGGAACAAACCGCCAUUCCACCACAACUGUGGCAAUCCGCUCAAAUUCACCAGCAGCAUAAGCAACCGGCUGCCAUGCUUCAGCAAGUGUGGCAUCGGGCACAGAAGCAACCGGCCCCUAUGCCGCAGCAGCCUCACGACGUGUGGUAUCCAGCUAAAAUGGUACAGAAGCAACAAGUCGCUGCACUGACAGCCAUGCCGCAGACACUUCAAGUGUGGCAUCCAGCUGAAUUUUCCCAGCAGAAGAAGCAACCGGCCUCCACGCCUCUACCGCAGGAGCAACCGACCGCCGUACGCCAGCAAGUGUGCUAUCCAGCUCAAAUACCGCAGAAGCAACCAGUUGCAUGCCACAGAAGCCUCAGCAAGUGUGGCAUCCAGCUCCGACGCAGAAGCAGCUGGACGCUGAUCCUAAGCAGCCUCCGCUAGUGUGGUAUCCAGCUCCAAUGCAGAAGCAACCGACUGCCAUACCUCAGCAAGUCUGCCAUCCAUCCCAAAUGCGCGAGAAGCAACUGGCCCCAUGUCUCAGCAGAAGGACUACAGAAGCACUAAAGUUGGUGGUUCUGGUAGCUCUCAGGCCAGCAUCGUUGAACAGUCAGUUCUCAUCCCAAUCCGUUCCUACAGUUCCAAAUCGCUCUACAAGAAUGGCGAAACUGUCUUCUCCCAAACUCACUACACUCCUGGGAACAUUGUCUGUUAAAAGUGGAAAAGCUCCCAAUGACAGUGCUGGCAUAUUUGAAACAAGCACAUACUCACCACUAGUAAAGGAUCCUACAAGUUAACGUACAACUUUAAUCUUCACUUCACUUUGAUUUCUGAAUUUGAAGUUCUUUAACUAACCAUGUUUCGGCCAACAGGGAAAUCUAAUGGUGGACUCAUCCUUUAGAAGCUGAUGGUGAGACUUUAAUGUCAAAUUCAUGAAAUAAGAUUUUGUUGCUGAUACUUUAAUUUCUUUCAGGUUUUAGUCAUGCUUUUGUUUUGACCAGGAAGUUGCCGUUGCUCUUGCUACUCUUGCAUGAUUGAAUCAAUAAAAAUGUGUCAUUGAAAAACUGA